GUGGAGGAAUCCAGCGCCACCAGUCCGGGCCACACACUUCGGAGGUCUACGAAAUAUAAUUCGUUGCACGACUUGGCGCGAGAACCCACGAGAGAACACGGUUAGCAAGCUUGAGGAAGGAUUUUUAAGUGCCAACACGUUGAUUGUUUAAUAAAUAGAUUAUAUAUUUUUAAAUCAACAAGGGAUCAUCAUCAGCCAAGAUGUUUUGGGGACUUAUCAUCGAACCUAACAAGAGGUAUACCCAGACUGUUGAGAAGCCAUUCCACGUGUCCAUGGCGACUCUGGAUGUUUCAACUGCCGAUGAUGAUAUCGUCCAAGUAAUGUUGUGCUACGACAAUCGGAACUACCUUCUCUGCAACUUGAAGAAGGGCCACGUAUGGCAGGUUCCCCUUGACUUGAACUUCCAGGAAGGCACAAAAAUAGCAUUCACGUCAAACGGUCGUGGUCACGUACACCUGACAGGUUACCUGGUUCCAGACGAUGGUAUGGACGAUCUGGACGAGCUCGACGAGGAGGACGAGGAAGAGGAGGAGGAAGACGAAGAGGUUCCCCAAUUAGUUGGCAAACGUAAAGCCAAGAAUUCUCCACAGGACGGAAAAUCAGCGAAGAGACUGAAGGAAUCGGUGAAGGAAGUCACUGAAGAGGAGGAUGUCUCAUCAGACGAUGACGGUCUUCUGGAUGGUAUGAUGGCGGGUGAUGACUCUGAGGACGAUGAUGAUGAUGAUGAUGAGGCUGAGGAUGAAGACGAGGACGACGACGAUGACGAUGAUGAUGAGAGCGCUGAGGAAGAGGAAGAGGAGGAAGAGGAGGUGAAGCCACAGAAGAAGGGGAAGCAGAACAAAUCUCAGCAGCAGGACCAAUCUCAGAAGCAGGACCAGUCCCAGAAGCAACAAAAGAAGAAAAAGAAAGAGGAGAACGCACAGCAGGAGCAGAAACAGGCAAGGGCACUCGUCAAUGGAAAGGACAAGAAGGCUGAGAAGAAGGGGAAGGAUGUACAGAAUGACUCACAGGUCCAGAAAAAAAGAACCAUAACUGGUGGAGUCCAAGUCGAGGAGUUGAAGGUGGGCCACGGUGUACCUGCCAAGCCUGGAAAGUUCGUGUCAGUCUACUACAUUGGAAGACUUCCCAAUGGAAAGAAAUUUGACGCCACACUGCAGGGAGAUGGAUUUAAAUUCAGACUGGGGAAGGGAGAGGUCAUCAAGGGAUGGGACGUGGGGGUUCAGGGAAUGAAGGUCGGAGGUAAACGACGACUUACAAUACCAGCUCACAUGGCCUAUGGAGCCAAAGGAUCCCCUCCAACCAUCCCUAGCAACAGCUCACUCAUCUUCGAGAUAGAGCUCAAGCAAGUUCAUUAGGAGAUAGUAGUGUACGAUCAUUUUUCAGAUGGAACAAUAUCUACAUUCCUCAUCGUCUGUUUCGUGCCAUGGGUCAAUCAUUUAGAAAUAGUCCCUUGUGAUUUUUUUAUACCCAGUACUAUGAAUGUGCUCUUUGAUUAUUCGACAGUUGAGACCCGUCCUUCAUGUGUAUUAUUACUUUUUUUUUAUUUGCAUUGGAUUUUAUGUUGAAACUUUGUCAAGAAGUGCUUUAGAUGCUGAAUCUGGGGUUCAAGUGCAUGUUAUUCUUUUGAUUUGAUAUGUGGAGACACGAAAUGAUGGAAAAUCUUGAACAUGUUCGGGGGAUAACGUUGACUAUAAUGUAAAGUUUUCAUUACUUCAAUAAAUAAAUUUGAUCUAUAUUU